CUUCGUCAAUUAAAAAAACUGAUGCAACAAAGUCCCAGUGCCUGGCACUUCGUCGACCCUCGUGUCCAGCAGGAACUUCUACAGCUAAUAUGCAGGAAACUCCGAGACCGUUCCCCCAUUUCAGAACAAUUUUGCGACCACAGCGAUGUUCCUGCCUCCACACUUCCACCAGAAGACCUGACCUUCACCGAUUACAAGGUGUCCAAUGUCGCUAUGGCAAUACUGGUGAUGCUGCUGUGUUUGGAGCUGAUGGUGAGCUUGGUCGGCAACUGUCUGGUUUUGCUCGUCCUCUCCUGUAACCGCCAGCUGCGCUCUGUCACCAACUUCUUCAUCGCCUCGCUGGCCGCCAGCGACCUUCUCAUGAGUGUCGUCUGCAUCCCCCUCACCAUUGCGCAGGUGAGGACCGGCUUCUGGCAGUUCGGACCACUGGUGUGUAAAAUAGGCCCCUUCGUCACGCGCGUCGCUGUUACGGCUUCGACUUUGACCCUUUGCUGCAUUGCAUUCGAUCGUUACGUCGCCGUCGUGCAUCCACUGCACCUGUCCACCCUGCACAGUCCCCUGCGCGCCGGGCUGCUGAUGCUGGCCGUGUGGGUUGUCGCGGCGGCCUUCGCGGCCCCUUUCGCCAACUACUACCAGCAUUACACCUUCUGCCCUUCGAGCCACAGCGGCGCUGCGGGAGGCAACAAUCCUGACUUUUUCCUCAGCGGAAUUCUCGCUCCUCCACCCCCUGACCCCCACGCUGGCCUCGACGACCCCAGGGACCCUCACAACCCUGGUGUUCACCAUGGUUUUGCCAAUCACGAGGUGAAGUGCUGUUCGUACUGCAUCAUGAACAGCGACCUGCUGUGGAUGCACUGGUUGACGUACGCCUUACUCCUCGUGCUGCCAGUGAUGCUAAUGGGCGCGGCCUACUCCGUUAUCAUUGUGAAACUGUGGCUGCGGCGGCCUGUCGGUGCCUGCAGUGUGAUAAGUGCGGAGUCUCUGCGCGUACAGUACAAGCGUAAGGCCGUAAAGGUCCUCUUCUCCGUCAUGAUGGUCUUCGUCGUCUGCUGGACGCCGCUUUUGACCUUUGACCUCGUGUCCAAGGUUGUUCAGGUUAAGAUCCGCACUUCCACGGUGACCGUGCGCUACUACCUGCAGAGUCUGGCUCUGGCCGCCGCAUGCUGCAACCCUGUGAUGUACGUCAUUAUGCACGACAAGUUCCGGAAGCACGCACGCGCUUUCCUACCCAGCUGUUGCAGGAUGGCUACGGUGCGGGUGUCGCCACUCGAGCCACAGCCUGCAAUGCUCAGGGGCUUCGUCCUGCAAGGGAGGGACGCCAGAACUGAUGUGGCACAGGAGAAUCAGAUGGGUGCAAAGGUGUUCGAUGAGCACGUGGGCGACAAGAUGCACGAGAUCGUGGCCGCAACGAUGGAGAGUGUCGUGGACAACAGGGACUCCUCUAAGUGUUGAUCCAAAUAUCUAUUUACAAAAAAAACUCUUCCUCCUUGCUUUUUCUUCAUCCCCCUUCCUGCUCAUCAUCGUCAGCUUCAUCGAUUGUUCACCCUUAGCGUUGUGGUUACUCUGGUGUUCUCACUGUCAGUCUUGCCAAAAACACAUUGUCGUCGUCGUCAGUCACUUGUUAGCGGUAUUAGAACCCUGACAAUUUCCCCACAUGUUCAUCCAUACAUGCAAAUCAAUAUAUUUAAAAUAUUUUCCUUCUCUGUGCUCGCUGUCAAGAUGUUAGUGGGUGUGCGAGGGUGCGCGCUCUUUUGUCCCCCUCAUUCGGCUUGAAUAUGCUUUUCACGUCUCUCGAGAGGUAAUUGAACUAUUGAUUCUCCACCCUGUCGCCUCUGUCCAGCUGUCUUGCAGGUUUGUUUGCUUGGUUCGCUAACAUACACAUGUUACGUGGAUAUAAUCAUCUGCAUAUAUUGUUGAAGCUGCAUAUUCCCAACUGUUUUCGUCGUUGUCAACAAAAAUCUACAAACCGCUUGUCCUGCAGAUUAAUGUUUGGGAUUUUGACAUUAAUUUCAUUUGUGAGUAUAGCUUUUUUUUUUUUU